AUGAUCCAUCUUCUCGGCCAUGCAGACCCAACUGUCGCCCAGGGUACUCUAUAUAUGCUCUCACUCGGCUCCCAAAUGUCGCCUGCUGCCAUUCUCCUGUCAUCUUUGCCUCCUCCUUGUCGUUCCUUGUCAUCCUCGUCGUCCGCUUUUCUUUUUUGUGAAGUAAAAAUAAAGUCGUACCACGUGAUGCAUGACUUACAUGCUGAGUCAGCCGUUGCCGUGGAAACUUCCGGCGAGUCAACAAAUCGCAAAGCCGAAAGCAACGAACAACUUCUUUUAAACCAGAUCAUCGUCCGCAUAUCCAACAUCUUCCCAGACAACAAUCGACAAGACAACACAGACACCGCUUCACUGCCCGCCUCGACUGCUUCGCUGCUCUCUGAUCAUGAUCAUGCGCCUUGCAUGAUAUGGACUGCGAUUGACUGCCUUCUGCGCCCUUGUUUAUCUCACCCUCACUCGUUUCUCCCUCAGCGCGACAUCCCACAUCCCCUCGGUCGCGACACACCGCACUAG